AUAUAGCACUCUCUUGGCUGUUCACACUCUUUGUUUGGGUUAGUGUUGGCAAAUCUCGCGCUAGCAGCCUCCAUAAUCACUACGUAAUGUGCCGUGCUGCUUCUAGCGGCGCUGGUGACAGUGCUGAAAGCUGUUGGGUAUGAAGUGAAACGGAAUAGAAUUUUUGUACCAUCCGCAACUGCUUCAAGUUCAGAUCAAAACAAAGAAACUGACGAAUCACCUCCAGAACAACAAGCAAAAAAAGUCCAAGACACGCGUGGGAUCACCAAGGAUCACUUCAAGUGUUCAAAGUGACGAAGCAACCAAAUCCUGAAACGACCAAAGAAGCACGACCACCCAUCCAAUCGAAACACGACGAAGAGAAGCAUCCGUUCUACAGUAUUGUGACAAGAAGAAAUCUGAUCUGAAACCAGAAGUUUGUGCCUACUCAACAGCUUUGACAAAGCACACGUCCCAACGCUGCUCCUAGCCCUCCUCAUCCUCACCACAUCUCCGACUCGCCACCGGAGUGUGGAGGGGGCUGCUACCUGCUAGUUACCCCGUAGUUCCCCAAUUGUUUAUCCCUCUCAUUCUCCCACUGUUUUCAUUUUAUAAAAGCCCUUUUUCAAAGCAGUGUUAUUGCACCUGCCUUAGCCUUUUUGAGCUCGUCUUCUCCUUUUUGGCUUUAUGCAACCAUUGACGACUUGUGCCAGAAACCUGUAACAAGUGUGUGUGUUCAACUGUGUGUGUGAAGAGAUCUGUAAGAACUCCUCCAGGUGGUCAACAAUAAAGGAAUCACGAAUCAUUUAAGCACGGCCGAGUCAUGUCCUCUGUGCCUAAAAUGGAGCGGGGCUCGUCUGAACCCCGACCUGCCCAUUCGUCCACUGCUCCUGUGCCCAUCCCUCGCUCCUCCUCUGUAUCAUGCCAUCCACACCCUGGAAGCAAAAAACACAAGCGGACCCCCCUCUAUCAGAGAUCAAUGAGUUUUGAUCCCAACAUGCUCCAUAAUAAUGGCCAUACAUCCUAUGCCAAUGGGAGUGGGCCAGGCAUCAGGGAGACAGGGGUGGUGGAGAAGCUCCUCACAUCCUAUGGCUUCAUCCAGUGUUCAGAGCGUCAGGCCCGACUCUUCUUCCACUGCUCCCAGUACAAUGGCAAUUUGCAGGAGCUCAAAGUCGGAGAUGAUGUGGAGUUUGAGGUGUCCUCUGACAGGCGCACUGGCAAGCCCAUAGCAGUGAAGCUGCUUAAGAUAAAGCCAGAGGUGCUGCCAGAGGAGCGGAUCUCGGGCCAGGUGGGGCCAGACCUGCACGCCUAUGCCUUAACUAUGCUGCAUGGUUAUAUUCAUCCAGUUGUCUCUGCCAUUCCUGCCUACCUGGAUGGGAAGUCUGCUCCGGGCCAGGUCCCCACCGGCAGUGUUUGCUAUGAACGAAAUGGAGAAGUAUUUUAUCUGACCUACACUCCUGAUGAUGUGGAGGGCAACAUCCAUCUGGACUCAGGCGACAAAGUCAGCUUUUACAUGGAGACCAACAAACUUACUGGUGCAGUGAGUGCUCGCAACAUUCAACUUGUAAAGAAGAAACAAAUGAGGUGCCAAGGUGUGGUGUGUGCAACAAAGGAGGCCUUUGGAUUUAUUGAAAGAGCUGAUGUUGUGAAGGAGAUUUUCUUCCACUACAGUGAGUUUAAAGGAGACCUGGAGGCUCUACAGGCUGGAGAUGAUGUGGAAUUUACCAUCAAAGACCGAAACGGAAAGGAGGUGGCUACAGAUGUGAGACUGCUCCCCCAAGGGACAGUAAUCUUUGAAGAUAUCAGCAUUGAACAGUUUGAAGGAACUGUUACCAAGGUCAUCCCCAAGGUCCCAACUAAAAACCAGAAUGACCCUCUCCCAGGCCGUAUCACUGCACGCAUCGGGUACACGGACAAGGAGCUGCCCUUUGGAGAGAAAGACACCAAGUCCAAAGUGACCCUUCUGGAGGGAGACCACAUCCAGUUCAACAUUUCCACUGACCGCAGAGACAAGCUAGAGCGAGCCACCAACAUUGACAUUCUGCCAGAUACUUUCAACUUCACUAAGGAGACACGGGAAAUGGGUGUGAUUGCAGCCAUUCGAGAUGGUUUUGGUUUUAUUAAAUGUGUGGAUCGGGAUGCCAGAAUGUUCUUCCACUUUAGUGAGGUUUUAGAGGAAGCCCCAUUGCACAUCUCAGAUGAAGUCGAGUUCACUGUUGUGCCUGAUAUGCUGUCAGCUCAGAGGAACCACGCAGUGCGCAUAAAGAAGCUGCCUAAAGGCACUGUGUCCUUCCACACCCAGUCGGAGCAGCGCUUCGUCGGAGUCAUUGAGCGAGAGGUGGUCUCUGCAGCCAAGAACGGAAGCCCCACUAAGGGCAAAGACCCAAAAGAAACUGAUGAGGGAGUGAUUGCAUAUGAAGACUGUGGAGUGAAACUGACCAUCCCAUACUAUGCCAAGGACCUGGAGGGAACAUCAUCCCCACAGGUUGGAGAUAAGGUGGAGUUUUCCAUCAGUGAAGUAAAGAGGACUGGCCAGCAGAGUGCAGUGUCCAUCAGAGUUUUGAACCGAAACAGCUCUAAUGCCAAAAGACUGCAUGGUUUUGUGGCUACGCUGAAGGACAACUUUGGCUUUAUUGAGACUGCAAAUCAUGACCAGGAGAUCUUCUUUCAUUAUAGUGAGAUGUGUGGAGAUGUAGAUAACCUGGAUUUGGGUGACACAGUUGAAUACACAAUGUCUAAAGGAAAAGGAAAUAAAGUUAGUGCUGAGAAGGUUACGAAGGUGACUCCAGUGAACAGUUUUGGUGAUGAUAUAACUACAACUGUCAUGGUGGGCAAAGUUGUCCGUCCAUUGCGCAGUGUAGACCCCUCCCAAAAUGAUUAUCAGGGACUUAUUGAAAUCACAGAAGAAGGUGCAAAUAAAGGCCAGAACUAUCCAUUUGGAAUUAUGGGCAUGUCCAACAAGUCAGACUGUCUGCAAAAAGGAGAGUCGGUGAAAUUCCAGGUUUGCACUAUCCCACAGACUGGGCAGAAAAUGGGCUGCAACAUUGUCCCUCAGAGAAGAGCCACCGUGGAGUCUGUCAAAGACCUGUUUGGGUUUAUCACCUAUGAAGUGGGAGAUAGCAAGAAACUGUUUUUUCACGUUAAAGAGGUGCAGGACGGUCUGGAGCUCCAGACAGGGGACGAGGUGGAAUUCUCAGUUGUUCUCAAUCAACGCACAGGAAAAUGUAGUGCCUGCAAUGUCCGCAGAAUUAGUGAAGGACCUAAACAGGUUGUGGCCCCUCGUCCCGACCGCCUGGUGAACAGGCUUAAAAGCAUCACUCUGGAUGAUGCCAGUGCCCCCCGUCUGGUUAUCAUCAGGCAACCUCGUGGUCCAGACAAUUCAAAGGGCUUCAGUGUGGAGAGGAAGACCCGUCAGCCCGGUGUGAUUGACUGAGCAAUACAAACCUGCCCUGCCUCGUGAGGACGUGCUGGUGUGCUCCAGGGGCUAAGGGAAAUCUUGAUUGGCUCCAUGCACAUACUCAAGCAUAUUUGGCAUGUGUAACUGAUAAUCUGAAAGGGAAUCUCUCUCAUUUCCAUGUUUGACGUAGCUAACCGGAGUUCUGCAGUAUGUGAGAUCUCUGUGCGUGUGUGACGUGUCCAAAUGAUAUAGUGUAUGAUGGAAAUCGAGUGGUGAUUGUGUGACUGUCCAUGUCCUGUCGAAGACUCUGCUCGUCUGGAAUUCUGCACCUGUUCUUGUCCAGUAGUCUGCUUAAGUGAGACUGUUAGCAUGUCUCUGCUUCGUUUUUUCCUCCCACAUUUAGUUUUGCGCCUUUAUCCAUGGGAACUCUGGUUUCCGCUACUGUAUGCUUUCCUACAAGACGCAUAAAGCAAAAUUUCCUUCCAUAAGGAGGACUCAUAUGUGCGAGCUUAAACUGAAGACUCUUCUCUGCUCGUUUUUUUGAGCAGUUUUUAAAAUGCUUUACUUAAGAGCUGGAGUGGAAGCAUGGUGUGAGUGACGUAUGUGGAUGUCUAAGUAGUUCAGAUAGGAUUUACUUGUACCAAUCAGGAGCCUUGGAUACCGCUUUGGUAUUGACAUGCUCCACUUGAAGCAAUUUCCCCAGGUGCAGAAUUCCUUGUGGCAUCUUAUAUCUACAGUUCUUUUAUACAAUUUAUUUUCUUGUUUUUCUUUUUUCUUGCACAUAUUUUUUUUCCCUUUUUUUUUUUUGUUGUUAAAAUUCAAUUUGCUAAUAUUGAAUUGAAUAAGAUUAAGGUGCCUAAAGCAAAACAGUAAAAAACAAAAAAAAACAAAAAACAAAUUAGAUGUAUCUUAUGUUUUCAGCCAUCCACAAAAAUAUUGAACAAUCGUCGGUUGGCUUUUUUUCUAGUAGAAAUAAAACCGAUAUGCAUCCUGAACCUGUGGGUUGAAAUAUACUGUAUGUAAUGUGUGCUUUUUCUUAGUGAAACUUUAAGAUAACAAAGCAACAAAGUUUCAAUGGAACAAAGGGGACAGAUGAACAAUAAAAUCAAAAGCUGAAUAGGAUUCUUUCAGGUUGUGGAAGAUGAGGCUGGAGAGCUAUAGCCUAUGUGCCUCUGCACGUUCAUUUACAGAUUUGAUUUUAGACACCGGAUUUCUGUUGAACCACACACUGGUUCAAAUGUACUUUUGUUAAUGGUCUUGAAUGAAAUAAUUAAAAUUUUAUGAAAAUCA